AUGGCGAGUGAUCAAAUCAUGCAUGUGCAACCUGAAUUUUUAGCUACUGGUGGAACCAAUAACUAUUUGUAUGAUCAAUUAUGGAAGUUAUGUGCUGGUCCUCUGUUUGAUCCUCCAAAAAUUGGAGAAGAACUAGUUACAUCUAUAAACGACGAACUAUGUCAACUAAAACCAGUUUUUAAUAUUCCUUCAAAAAUUCGCUGCAAUGUUUUUAGUAUCAAGCUUAAGGUAGAGACUACUACAGAUGAAAUUUAUGCAGAAAUUUCUUUGUUGCCGGAUACAUCUGAAGUUGAAAUCCCAACUUCUAAAUGUGAAAACAACAUACAAAACAUUAAAUGUUUUACUAAGGUCUUAAGCGCUUCUGAUACCAGUAAAAAAGGUGGUUUUGUGUUAAAUAAAAGACAUGCCAUUGAAUGUCUUCCUCCGCUGGAUAUGUCUCACCUAACUCCAAGUCAAGAGAUAAAUGCUACAGAUAUUCAUGGUCAUGAAUGGAAAUUUAAACACGCUUUAAAAGGUACACCAAAAAGACAUCUUUUCACAUCUGGUUGGAACGAGUUUGCAAAAGCAAAAAAAUUGGUUGUUGGGGACUCCUUCAUAUUCCUUCGAGGAGAGAAUGGGGAAUCACGAGUUGGAAUAAAAAAAGCAGCUCAUCAUCAACAAGAGAACAUACCAUCAUCUAUAAUUUCAAAGGAGAGUAUGCACCAUGGUGUAGUUGCUACUGCAUUGAAUGCUAUUAAAAACAAAUGCAUGUUCGUUGUCUUCUAUAAGCCAAGGUCGAGCCAAUUCGUUGUCAACAUCGAUAAAUUUAGAGAUGGAGUGAAUAAGAAAUUUAGUAUAGGCUCCAGAUUUUUGAUGAAGUUUGAAGGGAAAGAUUUUAAUGAAAUAAGAUACUAUGGAACAAUAUUAAAAGUGAGAGAUUUCUCUCAUUGGAAGGAUUCAGAAUGGCGAUGUUUAGAAGUACAAUGGGAUGAAGCUGCAACAAUUCCAAGACCUGAUAAGGUAUCUCCAUGGGAGAUCGAGCCUUUAACACAUUCAUCUGACAUUCUCAAAUCAGGUUUUCUAAAACAUAAACGUCAAAGCGAAAUACAUGAGUUUGGUUCAAAUAUGUGGGUUCCUACAUUGACCCAAGGCCAAGAAGUUGGACAUUCAAGCAUACAAUCUUCAAUGAGCUACUCAUUCGCUACUACCAUGUCCAAACCAAACUACAAUGAGCAAAUGGUUCAAGCAAUGAAAGAAACGUCAACCACCACCGCAACUACUAGCUACAGACUGUUUGGAGUUGAUCUGAAAGUUCCCGCGAAAACAAAGGAUAGCAUAGAACCAAUAAACUCAUAUAAAAAAUCUAAGAUUUCUAAAAUCUUUGAAGAAGAAAAGGUUGAUCACAUCCAAACUAGAAGUCAUACUAAGGUUCGUAUGGAAGGGGCCAUGGAAAGAACUGUGGAUUUAUCUAUUUUUGAUGGAUACAAUCAAUUGAUCGAUGAACUAGAAAGACUCUUUGAUAUCAAAGGCAAGUUGCAUAUACACAAUCAAUGGAAAAUAGUUUUCAUAAAUGCUGAUGGAGAUAUAAUGCUUCUUGGAGACGACCCGUGGCCCAAAUUUUGCAAUACGGCAGAGGAAAUAUUCAUAUGUUCAAAAAACGAUGCCAAGGUAGGUGAUGCAGAUAACAAAUUCUCCGAAGGUGACCCAAUAUUAACAACAACAAACUUACCACCAGAUGUCAACAACAAUUAAUCGAAGAGAGCUUUUGGUUUUAUAAAGUAAAAGUUACUUAUUUUAUAAUAUAUUAAAGAUAAGACUUGGAAAUGUGUGUAACUUAAAUCGUAAAAGUAUAUUAUGGAGUGUCUUGCAUUUGAUGAUUGAUGUUUUAUCUGGCGGUUGAAGUUUUUUAAAUGAAACAAAAAUCUUUUGUUUUUAUUUUAAUUUUAAUAUUUUGUUGACAUGUUAAGUAUUAUGUGUGUUCUCUUACCCAAGUGUGCUUGAAGAUAUAAUUUUACACACAAAUUGUUUAAAGAGAGGAAGCUUAAGAAACAGUGGGAAGCCAAAUUUUUUUUAUUUAGAACAAUUUUUAGUACACGGUUUCUUUUCUUUUGAUAUAUCUCACAGUGCACCAUGUUUCUGUUAAUAAAGAACUUUCUCUCUCCUCGGUAAAAGGCCACUCUUAAGCGGAUUAUGGUUUGGUCGCCACCGACCAAUGGUGUGUCCUCUCGCCACCAUUGAGAAAUCUCUAAGAUGGGUAGGAGGAAGUGCAUCAUCUCAUCUCACCCCCUCUCUUCAAAGUUCUCUCAUGUAAUGGAUGCCCUUUGUGUGUCUUCUCCUCGUGAUGGAUUGUCAGUUUCAAAAUCAGUGCAUAGGUCAUCAGGCGUGGCAGGAUUUGGGCCUCCGAUUUCAGUGGAGGUGGGUCCUCCUGUUUCUUCUCCUCCUACAGGAGUAUCUUCUCCUUGGGUUUCCCCUUUGGUAUCUAAGAAAGUCAGCUGUGAUGCUACCAUCAGUAACUCUCAUGUAGAACCAUAUACCUCAGCUCCGCCUGGAGUUGCUUCUGCUCAACUUCAGCUCUUACUAGAGUUCCUCCCAAUGACUAGCAAAUUGGAGUCGAUUCUUCUGGUGGUAAACCAACAUUUGAGACAUCUGCUGCGAAGCCGAUAGCUUCUACUGCUCCUAGAAUUUUAAAGUAUUCAGAAGUAAUCAUGAAUCAUUAUUAUUAGAGGAAAUUGGGACCCUGGGGGGGGGGGUGCUUUCGUUCAAAUCCCUGACGAAAAUUUAGACGAAGCAAGGGAAGAGUUUCGAGAUAUUUUGUUUGCAAGGUUGCAUGGUGAAGCUACGGAUAUGGGCAGAAAUAUUGGCACUGUUAAUGUCAUUUGGAGUCACCCAGGUACGAUAAUAUUUGUCCAUCGUCUUCUACUCAUAGUUAGUAUCCUAUUAACUCAAGCUCAGGUGUUAGCGAGAAGUGUUUUGGACCAUAGCGGGAAUUACGUAGCACCAUGGUCCCCUGAAUUCUCACCAGAGGCCACAAAUAACCUCAAUUGUGGUGCCAGUGGAGCUUAGAGGGGUACCUUAUAUCCUCUUCAAUAAGUCUAAAUCCACUCGCCAUAGAAGCUGGACAACCAGUUUCUCUUGCACCUGAGACUAAAAUAAAUACAUAAACUUUGAGGUUUCUAUUAUGUGGGUUCGUGUGGAUCUCUAAUCGAUGUUGGGGUCAAAAACGGUCACGACGAAGUUAACGCCCAAAUCUCCGCAAUAUAUAAGUAUGACUCUCCGCUACACAGCUUUUCGAAAUAAAGUUUCAUCUUGAACUUCAUUUAAAUCGAACAUAAGCCAUAGGAAACAUACCUAAACCAAGUACGGAUAAGUUCGAGUAUGACAAUCGGAACACGGACAAACCAAGCUCGGUCAUUGCGCAACUACCGCACAUGCACGCUGUCCGGUCGCUACGUAGCGAACCAAGCUUGAGCCAAGCUUGGUCGCUACGUAGCGACCGAGCGUCCGUCCCGCUCAGUCGCUACGUAGCGACCUGGCUCAAGCCAAAGCUCGGUCGCUACGUAGCGACCGAGCUCUUCCAAAACUUCGAUACGACACCAGUCCAUGCAUUCUCGUCAAACCUUCGA